AUGGUAAUGUAUGCGAGGAAACAGCAGAGACUCAGUAAUGGCUGUCACGACUGGAGGGGGGACUCGCAGCCUUACCAGGCACUUAAGUACUUGAAGAGUCACCCCAGUAGCGGUGAUCACAGACAUGAAAAGAUGCAAGACGCCGCAGAUCCUUCAUCACCAAAUAAAAUGUUGCGGAGAUCUGAUAGUCCUGAAAACAAAUAUAGUGACAGCACAGGUCACAAUAAGAUAAAAAAUGUGCAUACUCACAGAGUUAGAGAGAGGGAAGGUGGGACCAGUUACUCUCCACAAGAAAAUUCACACAACCACAGUGCUCUUCAUAGUUCAAAUUCACAUUCUUCUAAUCCAAGCAAUAAUCCAAGCAAAACUUCAGAUGCACCUUAUGAUUCUGCAGAUGACUUGUCUGAGCACAUUAACUCGUCUGGGAAAAAAUAUUACUACAAUUGUCAAACAGAAGUUUCACAAUGCGAAAAACUAAAAGAAUGGCUUGAAAGAGAAAAGAGACAAAAAGAAACAAAUAAGGUGGCAGUUAAUAACUUCCCCAAAGAUAAGGAUUACAGAAGAGAGGUGAUGCAAGAAACAGCUACUAGUGGGUUUGCCAGUGGAAAGUCUACAUCAGGAGACAAAUUGGUAUCACAUUCUUGCACAACUCCUUCCACGUCUUCUGCCUCUGGACUGAAUCCCACAUCAGCACCUCCAACAUCUGCUUCGGCAGUCCCUGUUUCUCCUGUUCCAGAGUCACCAAUACCUCCAUUACUACAGGACUCAAAUCUGCUUAGACAGUUGCUUCCUGCUUUGCAAGCCAUGCUGCAGCUUAAUAAUUCUAAUGUGGACAUAUCCAAAAUCAAUGAAGUUCUUACAGCAGCUGUGACACAAGCUUCACUGCAGUCUAUAAUUCAUAAGUUUCUUACUGCUGGCCCAUCUGCUUUCAACAUAACAUCUCUGAUUUCUCAAGCUGCUCAGCUCUCUACUCAAGCCCAGCCAUCUAAUCAAUCUCCAAUGUCUUUAACAUCUGAUGCUUCAUCCCCAAGAUCUUACGUGUCUCCAAGAAUAAGCACACCUCAAACUAACACAGUCCCUAUCAAACCUUUGAUUAGUACUCCUCCAGUUUCAUCACAGCCAAAGGUUAGUACUCCAGUAGUUAAGCAAGGACCAGUGUCACAAUCAGCCACACAGCAGCCUAUAACUGCUGACAAGCAGCCAGGUCAUGAACCUGUUUCUCCUCGAAGUCUUCAGCGCUCAAGCCAGAGAAGUCCAUCACCUGGUCCAAAUAAUACUUCUAGUAGUAACACAUCAAAUACAGCAGUUGUACCACAGAAUUCAUCUGCCCGACCUGCGUGUUCAUUAACACCUAUGGUAGCAGCACACGUCAAUGAAAAUCUCAUAAAACAUGUUCAAGGAUGACCCACAGACCAUGCAGAGAAGCAGGCAUCAAGAUUGCGUGAAGAAGCUCAUAACAUGGGGAGUGUUCACAUGUCAGAAAUUUGUACUGAAUUAAAAAAUUUAAGAUCUUUAGUCCGAGUAUGUGAAAUUCAAGCAACUUUGCGAGAGCAAAGGAUACUAUUUUUGAGACAACAAAUUAAGGAACUCGAAAAGCUAAAAAAUCAGAAUUCCUUCAUGGUGUGAAGAUGUGAAUAAUUGCACAUGGUUUUGAGUACAGGAACUGUAAAUAUGUUGCCCAAUCUUAACAUUUUUGAGCUGCAUUUAAGUAGACUUUGGACCGUUAAGCUGGGCAAAGGAAAUGACAAGGGACGGGGUCUGUGAGAGUCAAUUCAGGGGAAAGAUACAAGAUUGAUUUGUAAAACCCUUGAAAUGUAGAUUUCUUGUAGAUGUAUUCUUCACGUUGUAAAUAUGUUUUGUAGAGUAAAGCCAUGGGAAACCAUGUGUAACAGAGCUUAGACAUCCAAAACUAAUCAAUGCUAAGGUGUCUAAAUACCUAGGCUUUUACAUGUAAAUCUGUCUGCAAAAUUAGCUUUUUAAAAAAAAA